CUUUACAAUUCCACGAACACUCCCAAAUGAAUUUUGUGCUUUUUCAUUAAGUUCAAUUUUCAUUUUUUUUUUCUUUCUUUUUUCAACAAAAAAAAAAAACUAAAAAUAUAUACUUUUUUGCAUGUUACACGAAAAAUUCGAUAAUUGCAUGAUAAUAAACGCACAUGACCACACAUUUUCGCGAAUAUUUUAACUACUUGAAAAAGAAUAAUUUGAUCCGUUGAUUAGUUUGAUUAGCAAUGACAGCACCACAAAACCCUAUUACUCGAGCUAUUUGGGAUGGUACACUUCCUAUAAAAUUCUCACUUGAUAGUACUGAAGCGGCAGAGUUAGGAGCUAAAGUCUUAGUAGAACCUUAUUUUUUAGAAGCUCCUCGGUGCUCAUAUUUUCCUUUAUUAACGAGUCAAAUUAGAAAAUACUUUGUAGACAUGACAAACAUGGCUCUGAAUUUUAUUGGAGACGACGCAGAAAUUUGGUAUGACGUGGAUGGUAUUCCACUUAAAUGGCAUUACCCGAUUGGACUUUUAUAUGAUUUGCAUACAGGAUACCGACCUGAUUCAAAUAGCCCACCACCUCUACCGUGGCCAGUUACUGUUCAUUUCAAGAAUUUCCCUAUAGAUAAAUUGAUACGUGCUCAGGCUAUUGAUGCGACACAAGAUUUCUUUAUGUCAAUGAUUAAGGAGGCCGAUUUUCUUAGGAAUGGCAGCACAAAAAAAGUUAUGAAUUUGUCAAAGAAUGAUCAAACACAACUUUUGGAUGGACUUUGGUCCAGUUUCUCUCAAAAAUAUCGUACGGAAAAUUAUGAUCGUUUUUGGAGUAUAAAUUAUCGUCUUGUCACUAAUGAUGGACAAUUACCGAAACAUAUUCCAUUACGGAUAUAUUUACCUGAUAACUGCCCAGUUAUACAAGAACCAAUUGCACCUUCAGACGAGAAUGGAAAUCAGCUUACAUUAGGAGAUGUAUUACAUCAAAUUCUCCCGGAAUUAUUCCCUUCGCCUUUACCUACUGAAAAUGCCUUUGCUGCUCCUGUUAUUCAUGGUGUUAUCCCGCAAUUAAAUAUUCCCAUUCUUUGGGCAUCACAGAAUCUUUGUUAUCCUGAUAAUUUCUUACAUAUUGUUGUCCUUUUAGAAACAUAAAAAUAACUUGCCAUAAUUCUUUAUAAGAGAUAAAUUAAUUAUAAUGCAAAUAGAUGAAAAUAAUUUGAAGAUCUAUGAUAAUCUAGUUUAUUUGUUUGUUAAUCUAGAAAAAUUUUGUUUUAUGUACUCUA